ACCAUACUCAGUAAGGUAUAUCUUCGAGAUAGUCGUGUGUGUCGGUCGGUUGUACUUUGUCGAGAGGACUUAGAUUCGAGCGCGAACCAAUUUUCGAUUCCACCUAGUAGUGGCGUGUACAGGGAGAGUGAGAGGGGAUACUCGUGGCAAGCAGACAUUUCAAAAGUGAUUGUGCCCCGGGAGUACAAUCGGGUGUGUCGAAACCUGGCUGACCUAGUGGAUAGCUGAUCGAGUUACGGAAUUGAAUUGCCUUCUCAAGUAGGAUACUGGCGGCAGUUGUUUAGUGGCAGUUCGAGGAGAAAGAAGCGGAUAGUGUGAAGCAAUCAUGAUUGGAUAUAAAUUGUUGGCGGUGGCGUGUCUGGUGGGAGCCGUGGUAGCUCAGCAGGACUACCAGCAGGAAUAUCGACCAGCGCCACACAGGAUUGGCACAAAUGCCGCAGAACCAAAGCCUACCCCGAUUCCGAUUCUCAAGCAGAUCAACAGACACAAUGAGGACGGUUCUUACACCUACGGAUACGAGGGAGCCGAUGGAUCAUUCAAAAUUGAAACAAAACUGGCUACCGGUGAAGUGAAAGGGAAAUACGGAUACGUCGAUGAAGGUGGAAAAGUGAAGGUUGUCGAGUACGGAGCCAACAAAUAUGGUUUUCAACCUUCCGGUGAAGGUAUCACCGUUCCCCCGCCAACGCUCGUUGACGAAACGACAGGAAAGGAUGCUCUUUUAGAUUACGAGGACAAUAUUCCUGCACCAAGACCACAGAAAAUUCGACCGUCGAAACCGAGAUUCCAGGAGGUGCCGCAGCAGCGUCCACAGCCCCAGUUUUAUGACUAUGAAGAAGAGCAACAACAACAACAAGCGCCACCACAGCCUCGACUACAGCCUCAACCUCAACCGCAGCCACAGUAUCCACAGGGACAGUACGUCCAGCACUCACAUUUCGGUUCGGCCGCUGGUCCAGCUCGUCCACCACAACGCGCCCAGAUUGCGAACGCAGUUCCAAUAGACGUAGUCUACUCGACCAAUCAACGCCCAGCUCGUCCAGAGCCGACUUAUGACACCCGGCCACAAGCUUUUCCGUCUGCCUCCCCAGUUCCAGAGCCUAGGAUCCGAUACUCUGCCCCAGCGUUUGCUGGUGCCGCUCCAGCACCGCUUCCCAAUGCACACCAAGCUCCACAGCCAUCCUUUGCCUCACAGCCUGCCUAUGCGCCAGAGCCACAAGCACGACCUGCGCCAGCAGUUUACCAGGCAAGACCAGCCCAAGGACGUAGCACCAGUAUUCUAGAUCAGCUAGCCAAAGAUUACGCACUACCCCAGGGAGGAGCUGCACCGCUGCAUGACAUCUCUUUCGGUUACUAUUGAAAGCUGUAUAUGUUUGUGAUUCGAAGGCACCGCAACAACUUAGCCUGUACUGAGUUCUUUCCGAAAAGUGACGAAACAACUGCCAUCUAAAAGUGAUUGUUAGACUCUAGUUUUGUGAAGGAAUUGUAUAAGACGAAACACGCAUUAGAUGCUGGUAAACGAUUAUGAAGAACUGAUAAUUUUAAUAAAAAAAACAGAACAGGAAUUGGAUCUAUUUAUCAUUACCACAGUAUUUCAAAAUAUUUUUACAGGGUGUUAUGAAUCGUUUGAUUUAUAUGCACUCAGAAAAUUAAAAUUGGAGAUAUUGCCU